GUACAUCCAUGAGGCCAAAUUUGGCUGUCUGUCCAAUAUGUCAGGUAGAAUAUCCUCUGGAUUAUUUAGAGAUCCACGCCAGCUCAUGUGGAGAAAGUCUGGAAGAAACACCACCCAUUGUGGAGGAUGUUUGUAAAUCACCUAAAGGUGGAAUUAGGAACUUGAAUGAUGUUAUCCAAGCAAUAGCUGAUGGAGUAUCUACAGAUGGGAAAACCUUUGACAUCACGGUGUCACGUCAGAACUUGUUUGAAAGAGGUCUUGUCCAAUGGCAGCGCCAAAAGAAAACUUCCCCUACCAACCCACUGAAAGGCAUCUUUUUAGGAGAAGCUGGCAUCGAUACGGGAGCCCUCCGUAAAGAAUUUCUGACAACUAUGGUAGCAGGCAUUGAGAGGCGCUUCUUUGUGAAGGGGUCAUCUGGCUGCACGCCUAUUAUUCCCUGUCUAACUUGGAUAAAGACCAUUUCAAAUCAAGUGAAACGGACUGCUGGAGAAAUAAUGGCUACCAGCCUGGCUCAAGGAGGACCAGCUCCAAACUUCAUGAUGCCAUGGUGCUACAAAUUUUUGUGCACAGGAUCGCUAGACUUUGAAACCUUGGAUGAAGAUGAUGUGGAGGAUGACCAGUAUACUGAUCUGUUGUCAAAAGUGAAAUCAGCCACUGAAACAACUAUUCUAGACCUCACAGAGGAGAUCUUAAACUGUGGACACACUGGAUCGGUCUGCUUGGAGAAAAAAGAGGAAAUAAUUCGGUCAGUUGUCCUCCAUGCAAAUCUGAGGCUGAUCCCAAUUCUUCAGCAGAUAAGAGAUGGCAUGGGAUUGUAUAGCUUGUGUCAUAUCAUGGCCAAAUACCCUGACAUCUGUCGGCCUUUGUUUGUACCAGGCAUAGAAAUGAAAGCUGAUGCAGACUUUAUCAUCUCUGUGUGCCAGGCAGAAUUCAGUGAGAGAGGCUCAAACAAGCAGCUGGUAGAGGUGACUUUAAUGAAUCACCUGCAAGAUUUUCUCCAGGAACUAGAGCAAGAUGAAACUGAAUCAGGAAAGGAGAAAGCUGCAUCUCUGUCUCCACCAGGAUUUCUUCAGUGGGUAACAGGGCAGGGCCACAUCCCGAUCCUCCAGGAGGACAAGAAGAGUUUCAGGGUAAAUGUGAAGUUCAGUCAUCACUGCCAGUCACAGUUCGUUGUUUUCAGAAUUAUGCUCUUGGCUGUUACUUACUGGAGGAUUUGA